GGCAUUAGCCCUUUACCCCCUCUCCCUCCUCGUCUCUCACUUUGGUCAGCGUAAACACCACCUCGGUCUCUCUCCCUCUCUCCUCAUAUAUCUCUAUAUAUAUAGACAAGGGUAGCCUUGCCUUGGACGCCUGUCCCAGCUUUUCUACAAAAGAAGAAAUCAAGAGAAAAGAGGUCUUCAAGAGAGAUACAUACAGAGACAGAGAGAGAGAGAGAGUUCUGAAGAGAGAAAGAUAUGGGAAGGCCUCCUUGCUGUGAUAAAGAUGGUGUGAAGAAAGGGCCGUGGACUCCGGAAGAAGACAUCAUCUUGGUGUCUUACAUUCAGGAGCAUGGACCAGGGAAUUGGAGGGCUGUUCCUGCUAAUACUGGUCUACUCAGAUGCAGCAAGAGUUGCCGGCUUAGAUGGACUAACUAUCUCCGCCCCGGAAUCAAGCGUGGUAACUUCACUGAUCAUGAAGAGAAGAUGAUCAUCCACCUUCAAGCACUUCUUGGCAACAGAUGGGCCGCCAUAGCUUCAUACCUUCCUCAGAGAACAGACAACGACAUAAAGAACUACUGGAACACCCACUUGAAGAGGAAGCUCAAGAAGCUUGAAGGCCAUGAAGGCAACGGCCACGAAGGGUUUUCCUCUACAAGAUCUCUCUCCAAGGGCCAGUGGGAGAGAAGGCUCCAAACUGAUAUCCACAUGGCCAAACAAGCUCUCUGCGAGGCCUUAUCCCUCGACAAAUCUAACCCUUUACCUGACAUAAAACCACCCAACAACAAUGCCUAUUUCUCCCCCUCCACUCCCUACGCGUCCAGCACCGAAAACAUAGCAAAACUGCUCCAAAACUGGAUGAAAGACUCCCCAAAAUCGUCCCAAACAAGCUCCGAAACCACCACCACCCAGAACUCGUUCAAUUACCCAGUUGGAACCGGGUCUAGCCCCAGCGAGGGCACGAUGAGUUCUGCAACGCCGGAUCAGGGUUUCGAUUCGUUUUUCAGCUUCAAUUCUUGCAACUCAGGAACCAGCAGCCUUUUUCAGGAUGAGAGCAAGCCGAAUUCUUCGGACACUCAGGGCUCUCUUUCGCUGCUGGAGAAAUGGCUGUUUGACGAUGGGCCGGGGCAAGGGCAAGGCGAUCUCAUGGACAUGCCGCUGGGAGAAACUGAUGGGCUGUUCUGAAAGGGUUUUCACACCGUUGGAGUUUCUUUUGUUUGAGAGUUUUAGGUCUUUUGAACUAUAGAUUUACCUUACCUUUGUCUAGUCUGAUCAGCAGGAAAGGAUAAUAUUUCCCAUAUGCAAGUGCCGAAACUGUAAAUUACUAGUAUAUAUGAUAUGAUCCACAUAUAUAUAUAUAUAAAUAUAUAUAUGUACUGGGUAGGUUUAGUAAGUCUCCUUUCUUCUUGUUAGCUAGUGAAAGUCUGAAACUCUAUGUGCAGGGUGCAGCGCUUGCUUGGUAAAUCUAACCAUAAAUGAAAGUUGGGGUUUACUUCAAAA